CACUCGUUAAGCUACGGAAUCAAGUGAUUCAACUUUCAGUGGAAAGCUGACGCUGCCAGCUACAACAUAUCCGAUUUUCAGAUCUCCGAGGAAGUAAGGGGGAAAGGUACUUCCUUACAAUAGUUGAUGACUGGAGUCGGCUGAUGUGGGCAUACCCGUUGAAGCAGAAGGAUCAUGCUGCCUCAACAAUACGAGAUGAUUGGCUGCCGUUCGUCGAGCGACAAUCUGGGCACCCAUGCAAGAGCAUCAGAACCGACCGAGGUGGAGAGUUUCUAGGAGGAGAUCUGACAGCGUGGCUCAAGAAACAAGGCAUUGAGCAUCAGCUAACGACGUCCUAUACCCCUCAGUCAAAUGGCGUUGCUGAGAGGGCUAAUAGGACCAUCCUGGAAACUGCGUGAGCGCUGCUGAUCGAAUCAGGGCUGGGGAACUCCAUGUGGCCUCAUGCGUGGGAGAAGCAGCCGGAGGCAAAGGUCACCCAGCAGCUGGAAGAGAUCACUAUGCACUUCGAUCUGUCCGAACCUGAGGACAGCGAAGUCACUGCGCCAACGGCAAGCGGUACUGAUGAAGGAAGCAAUGAGGAUAUUGCAGCUGAUGCUGAAGUCAAGGAUCCGGAGCAGCAGCUGCAAGAGGCUUCCAAAACACCAAGUCUGCCAAAGCAAAGGAAACAGAUUGGUGGGGGGACAAAGGAUUGGGUGAAGGUGAAAGAAUGGGUAAAUCCAACCAUCUACCCUGCACGUACCAGAAUGGCAACGAGAAAGCUGCUGAGCUCCACAAGUAGAGGAGCCACAACUGAGCAGCAGGAACAGGCUCAAGGCGAAGAUGCAGUGCUGUUCUUGGGUGAUGACCAAGAGUCAGAUGAAAGGGUGCGCAGAGGAGGCGCCGGGUGCCCUGACGACCCCAGUGAGGGGGAGAUUGUUGGUGGGGCACUGGGAUCGUCCUAGUUGAGUGUGGGAGGGCUACAGGUU